AAGGCGCCGGCCCGAAAUCUCAAGGAAGCUCGAGUGGCUUCACACCAGUGACAUAUGGCGCUCGAGAACCCAUUGUUGUCGUUGCUUGCAACUAAUCCACACCCAUUGCUCCAGCCUACAUCCGAAUACAAUGCCGCAGCGCUUUCGCUAGCAAAGCUAUACCUCGAUCCGCUUGCGCAGUCCAUAAGCGACAUACAGACUCAGCGCCAGAAGGAAAAUCGCAAGAAGCGCAAGCGGGGCACGAAGGAGGAUAUAGACGAAAGACCUCUGCAGUUGAAGAGGCUGCAUGUUGACGGCUUCAAAGUCGAUCAAGUGCAUGAGCAAGUCAGACGAGUGCUAGAUGCUGCAGCCAAGGAGAUUCGACUGGGCUUGAAAAAUCUGCCCUCGAGUGGAGGGGUGGCCAUCGACGAGGCGAACAGCAAAAAACGUGUGCACUUUAAGGACGAAAAUCUCGAAUACGACGAAGAUUUACUAGAAGAUGGCGGGUUUCACACCGAUGAGAACUCGGAUUCUGAAGGGGACAACGAAUCAUCAGAUGAAGAUGUGGAUAUGUUAGAGGAAGAUGGCGAUGACAAUAACGACGAUGAGUCAGACGGUGAAGACAUCGAGACUGUCUCUAGUGAGGAAGACGAUUCAGAAGCAUCUCUUGGCUCCGAUGACGAAUCGGCAGAAGAGUUUGUGGAGGAUAAGUUCGGAUUAAACGACGGUUUCUUCUCAAUAGACGACUUCAACCGUCAAUCGGAAUUUUUAGAGCAGGCAGACCUUAACAACCAAGACGACGGUGCGGCCAGCGAUGAAGAGGAUGUCGAUUGGAGUGCAGAUCCAUUUGCCACUAAUUUGUCAAAGCCAGGGAAGGCUCGAGAUCUUGACGAGGGUGAAGACGAAGACGAGGACGAUGAUGAUGGGCCUACUUUUGGCGACAUGGAUCUUGAUGCUCCCCAAGGCUUCAGUGAGAACGAAGACGAUAAUUUGGAAGACGCCGUCGACGUCGACAUGGAUCGCGCAGACGAUCUCUCUAAUGCCAAUAACAUCAUGUACAAGGACUUUUUCAAACCGCCAGCAAGGAAAGGAGGUGAAAAACGCAAGGGAAAAAACGGAAACUCAAAGAAGCAUGAUUCCCAGGCAAAGAGCACGAGCGAGGAUAUGGAGGUGGACAUUUCCCGCACCAUGGCAGCCGUGCACCGUGAUCUUUUCUCUGAUGAGGAGGACGUCGAUGAUGACGAUGACUUAUCUGAAGUUGACGAGUUCGACCCAAAGUCUCGACGCUCCAAUCACGAAAGGCGACAAGCCAAGCUCCUGCAAGAGAUUCGCCGCCUUGAAGCCGAAAAUGUAGCGAAACGCGAGUGGACCAUGUCAGGUGAAGCGCGGGCAGUAGAUCGACCUCAAAAUUCUCUGCUGGAGGAGGAUCUCGAGUUCGAGCGAGCAGGCAAACCUGUGCCAGUCGUCACGCAGGAAGUUAGUGAGGACAUCGAAGCGCUUAUCAAGCGGCGCAUUUUGGCACGUGACUUCGACGAGGUCCUACGUCGCAGGCCGGAUGAACUGCUCACGGGACCUUUGGGUCGUCGUGGUCGCAUUGAAGAGGAACUGCAGGACACCAAGUCGAAGAAGGGUCUCGCGGAACUGUACGAGGAAGAGCACCUCCGCCGGACGGAUCCCAAUUACGUGGAUGGCCGCACGGAACAGCUCAAGGCAUCACAUCGAGAGAUCGAGAAUUUGUGGAAGGACAUCGUGGACAAGCUUGACUCGCUAAGCAGUUGGCACUACAGACCCAAACCUGUGGAGGUGAACAUCCAGGUCCGCACCGAUGCACCUACAAUCAGCAUGGAAGACGCACGGCCGAGCGGCGUGGGUGGCGACGUCGCUGUGACCAGCCAGCUUGCACCGCAAGAGGUGUACAAAGCUGGACAGGACAGAGGAAAGGACGAGAUCGUCACCAAAGGGGGCGAGGUGAUUGCGAGAGACGAGAUGAGCAGGGAAGAAAAGAAGAGUCGGAGGGCAAGGCAAAAGGAGCGGGCCAAGAAAGCGAGCAAGAACCAGCCUGUAGCAGCUGCAAACGGUAAGACAGCAGAUGGUGGUAGCAAGAAAGCGAAGAGCAAGAAGGAGAAGAACGAGCUGGUAGGAGACUUGAAGAAGGCCGGCGUCAUGGUAAUCGGACGGAAGGGAGAGUUGGUCGACGUGGAGGGCAAGGAGGUGAAGGGAAAGAAGGCGCUGGGUGCUGGGGCUUUGAAGCUGUGAAGUGUAUGUCGAACAGUCGAACAGAAAUGGAUGCCGGUUCCAAUGGAUCAUGCUCUGCGCUCCAGUUCC